AUGUUGUUAUCAGAAUACGAUAUUCAAUAUGUUGCCCAAAAAGCCAUCAAAGGAAGCGUACUAGCAGACCAUCUUACUCACCAACCUUUAGAGGAUUACCAGCCUUUGAAGUUUGGCUUCCCGGAUGAGGACAUCAUGGUUGUUAAAGAUGUUGAGUCCUCUGAACUAAAUGAUGGACUUGAGCCAAAUGAAGGUUGGGCUCUCAUGUUCGACGGCGCUUCGAAUGCAAUAGGUCAUGGAAUUGGGGCAGUGCUGAUGUCUCCCAAGAAUUUCCAUCUACCAUACACUGCAAAACUCUAUUUUACCUGCACGAAUAACAUGGUAGAGUACGAAGCUUGCAUAUUGGGGCUGGAAGAAACUAUUGAUUUGAAGAUCAAGGUACUAGAGGUAUUCGGGGACUCUGCUCUAGUGAUACAUCAGAUCAGAGGUGAUUGGGAAACAAGACAUGCUAACCUGAUUCAAUACCGGGAUUACAUGUUGAAGUUACUACCCAAAUUUGACAAAAUCACUUUCUCUCAUAUUCCUCGAGAAGAGAAUUAG